AUGAGUCCCGCAGAUAAAGGAGAAGUUUUGGCGCUGCAGCAAAGUUUGGCGACUUUGCUGCACGGGGCUACGGACAGCAGCAGCAGCAGCAGCAGCAGCAGCAGCGCAGCAGCAGCAGCAGCAGCAGCGGGGGAGACGGACGCGGAGAGCGAGGCGAACGAGGCGGAGUCUGGAGAAGAGGAGGAAAAAGAUGAAAAGAAAAAUAAAAAUAAUUCAAAAGGGACUUUUAAAUCUUGGCAUGAAUUGACGGAAAAACAAAAACACGAAAUCCUCAUUAAAGCCGUCAAAAAAUACUCCCAAAGGGCCCACAAAAAAACCAAAAUCGUCAAAGAACUCGACGAGGAGUCGAUUGUUUGCCAGCGCGAAAACCCUUUUUACGUGGAGACAGUAAAGGCCUUCAGAGACAGAAGAUAUAUUUUCAAAAAAAGAUUAAAAGAAGCUCAAAACAAACUGCAGCAGCUGCAGCAGCAAAACGGACCUUUCCAGGCGAAAAAGGAAGCUGCCGUGAGGCCUCACCAGCAGCAGCAGCAGCAGCAGCAGCAAAACCAGCAGCAGCAGCAGCAGCAGUAG